AUGGGUCAUGGCUCACUCCUUAAAAAUUUCUUAAUUCAAAUUGCUAUUUUGGGUGCACAAGUUAUUGGUCGAGCAUUCUCUAAAGCACUUCGACAAGAAUUACAGUAUUCGCAAACAGCAACACAAAGUGGAAAAACAACAGCGCGUACAGUACAAGCUGAUCGUGUUGCAGGUAUGAGUUUACAGGAAGCUAAACAAAUCUUAAAUAUCUCUGCCGAGGAAUCCAUCGACGUAGAAAAAUUGAAAGCAAAAUAUGAUUAUUUAUUUAAAAUAAAUGAUAAAACAAAAGGUGGAUCAUUUUAUUUACAAUCAAAAAUUUAUCGUGCUAAUGAACGUAUUGAACAAGAAUUAAAAUCCCGUGAAAGAGAAGAAGAAGAAGGAAUUUCAAAGAAUAGAAAAAAGACGAAAGAGACCACAAAGACAAAUGAUAGUGCUGAUUGA